AUGCUACGUCGCUCGCCAAUACCUGCCUUUUCCGCUAGGCCUUUAUGUCUAAACCACUCCAAUGCAAGUUAUGGGCUGCGCCAAUUUCUGGUCAAGAUCUUCUCACGUACAGUGUUCGACGGAGUAUCUCCGGCCGGAAUCAGCUCUCAGGAAUCGCAACCACAUACCAGGACAUUCUGCCACAAGAACUACCGAGGAGAUUAUCGGGCAACUUCAAACAAUGGGAAUGGUAAAAGGUUUGGUGAUACAGUACUAAACGCAAAAGUCCUGGCAGCCCUCAUUUCUUUUCUAAUCACUCCAGCAGAACUAAAUUUUGGUGGGGGGCUGAGAAUACUUUUGCGGAGAGACUGUAUCCAGAGAUAUAUGCUGCUUGUUGAACUGCUGAACUGUGCCACAUCGCCUGCUAAAGAAGACCAAGGGAAAGGAAAGUAUGGACGUCACGAGAGCAAAGCCGAGAAUUGGCUGGUGAACAAUCGACAGAAUUCAAAAAAGACAAAGGGCAAACCAGGCAGAUACGUCAGCACGGGUGUUUUGGGUCUGGGAUUCGACGAUGGCGACCUGGCUGGUCAGCUUCUGCCGCAUAUGUUUAACAAUGAAAAAGGAGCCUAG